CACAAAACUACUAGCUAGCUAACUACUUUCAUUCGUUUGUUUCUCAGAUGGACCCGCCUGUGGGUGCGCUCGUCGAAGUUUCAGCGGGUCGUGGAAUCGUGCGUUUUGCUGGUGCCACGUCUUUCUCGUCGGGCAAGUGGAUUGGUAUCGAGCUUCCCGAGCCCAAGGGCAAGAACGACGGAAGCAUCAAAGAUGUCGUGUAUUUCUCAUGCAAGCCAAAUCAUGGCGUAUUCGUUCGUCCAAGCCAGGUCAAGGUCAUAAAUGCGGAACCUGAACUGCAGCCCCCUAAAACACAGGUGAACGUCGCUCGGACCGUGUUGGGUCAUCAACGCACCCCUAGUGCUAGCCUUUCACGUGCAGCGUCACUGCGUUCUAAUGGAGCAUCAGGGUCUUCUUCCCGAUCCUCGAGUCCCGUCAAGCCCACCCCUUCCACUUCCACACCCGCCUCUGCCGUAGCUAGCCCACGCACUUCACGUCUUGCACCCCCCUCCUCUCCUGCAAAGCGCAUUCCCUCUCUUACCCUCCAACCUCGCAAAUCUUUCCCCCGUCUACCAUCCGCCGAAUCCGCCGCACCUCUGAGCCCGGCCUUGCAGACCCCUAAGAUUGGCUCAUCCCCCUCACAGGAACCAGUAAUCCAGUUGCAAAGGACAUCCUCCCCAUUAGCGCUGCCACAGAAUGCGGUUGUGGAGCCUCCGCCACCGCUCUCCCCUGUCGCGCACACACUUCUGCAACCCCCCGUCCCAAUCGACUCCAGCCCAUCUCCCAUCAAUGGCACGAAACUUGCACCGUCACCUUCUAUAUCUCGUGUCCCCUCACAUGAGCCAUCAUCACCCAUAACCCGUACCGAGGAUUCUGCCAUGCACGCGAAAAUUCGCGUCCUAGAAGCUAAACGCGCUGAUGACGCGCGACAUAUCCGAGAGCUUGAGACCCGCCUUGCAGACGCAGAGUCCUUUGUUGCCCUGCGUCCCAAACUUCAAGCUAAACUACAAUCCCUCCAAUCCGAACUUAUUGCAACGAGACGUGCAUUGGCGGACGCAGAGCAACUUGCGAGUUUGGGCGAGACGAGGGGCGUGGAUUCACAGGAGCAGUUGGAAAUGGCCAUGUUGGAUAAGGAAGUUGCGGAGGAGAAGGCGGAAUUGGCAGAACAGGAGUUGGAAGAGGUGAAGGAGCGACUUGCGCAUGUAGAAGUAGAGCUGGGAGUGUUGAAGGAGGGUGGAGCGUCUGGUGGAGAUAGUGAUUCAAACGCUAAGACAUCACUCGCAUAUAUCCAGCUUGAGAAGCAGAACGAACGGUUGAAGGAGGCACUGAUACGGCUUCGCGAUAUGUCGCAGGAGACAGAACAAGAACAGCGCCACCGCAUAGCAGAGAUGGAGAAAGACAUCACAAGUAUCGAUGAUCUUCAAGGCCAGUACGAACAAACACUGAUUAAACUUUCCAAUGCGGAGACACAGAUAUCAUCGCUCCAACAACAGCUUGACGAUGCACUAGGAGCAGAAGAUCUGCUCGUGCAACUCACAGAGCGGAAUUUAUCGCUAUCAGAGAAAAUUGAAGAACAGCGCAUCACAAUCGAAGACCUCGAGGCCCUCAAGGAACUCACGGACGAGCUCGAAGAGAACCAUGUUCAAGUCGAGCGUGAGCUUCGAGAUGAGAUUUUAGAGCGCGAGAAGGAUCUGAGGGAGGAGAAGGUCAGAGUAGGGUUAUUAGAAGACGUAGUGGCAGACGCAGAUGGGACAAUCGCAAGGUUCAGAGAGGUCGUUGGAGAAAUGCAGGGCGAACUCGACUCCUUGCGUUCAGCGACGCAAACAGCACAACACGAGUCUGCCACGGCUGCCCACCAGACGGCAGCGAUGAUGUCGCUGAAUUUGAAACUCCAAUCCUCGGCGGCGAAGAACCAGGCCAGGGCAGUAGAGCUGGAGAUCAAGAAACUCGAGGCGAAGGAGAGGGGAGAACUGUUAGGAAUUGUGCAGCCUUACCUACCUCAACAAUACGUCGAAUCCGACAGCGACGCCACAAAUUGCUAUCUCUUCUUCGCACGCCUGGGGUACAAAACCGAUCUCAUCAACACUAUUGUGGGGCUGGCUCAUGGCCUACCCGAGUCGCUCAAUGGUGUCGUGUCAGAAACGCUUGUCGGAAUAUGCGAAAUGCGCGGCCGUGCCGCGUCGUUCUCCACGCUCUGCAAACGCUUCGCUGCCAUCCUGAGGCGAUGCGACCCCACGUCGUUCCUCAACAUCGGACGCAUAUACCCUGAGAUCGCCCCAAUGGAGAAACGCAUCGAUCUGCACAUUGAUCUUCUCCGACGGGAUGAGUUUAGGGAGAUGGAAUUCGUCAGUGAUGUGCUCAAGAUGCUAGCCCAGUUCGACCAUCUUGCAGAGACAUAUUUCGAUGGGUUUGAGCAGGACCUGGGCGAGCGCGAGCUCGGAUACGCACUUUCGUUUGACCAUGAUCUAGAUGUGUUUGCUGCAUCUAUCGGGCUCACGAAAACAUCCGUUGCUGUGAUUCUCAAUGAUGAAGAUGUUGUCCUCGACAUGGGUGGCUAUGAUCCUGAGGAAGAGCUCAUUGAGCCUUUGCAGAAACUUUUGGAACAGUGCAAGAGCGCGAAAGUGUUGUCCAAGAAACUUACGAAGCGCCUCGACGAUGUUAUCCAGGAGUCUUCGGCGCUUAAGUCCCAUCUCGUUCCACAGCUCAAGACUCUCAGCAAUGCAGUUCCCGAGCUGGUCAACUUUGGUAUAUCUCUCGCCCAACAAGUAAUCCCGCACCUUAGCGAUGCCCGCAGCGCCAAGUCUCCAUUCCAGCUUGCAACAGUGUUAUCGUACGCAAAGCAAACUGCACUGUCCACUGUCGCCAAGGACAUGAAACCUGGAACCUCAUGCUUCGAGGCAGUUGGCGAAGCUAUUGCUCAGCUAUCGGCGGAGUGCAACAAGUUGCUGCCUUUGGCAAUGGAACCGGAGAGUGUAUUGAAGAUCUCCGGCACGCCACCAUGGGUCCUACGUAUCGAGGAGAUCAGAGCCAGCAUGGCUAUCAAUGCCGAAGCCGAGCGCAAAGCUGCACAGCUGCAGGAAGAAAUCCAAGGGCUUGUGCGGAGCCUCAAGACGAAGGACCAAACGAUACAGGAAUCAGGAGUGAAGAUAGAGCUUAUGGAGCGGCGCAUGGAGGCGGUCAAGAAGCAAGCAGACACCAUCGCAGAUCUUGAGAUUGAGCUCUCGAAAGCGCGCAAGCAGGAGCGCGCGUAUGAGGAAGCAAUGGAGCAACUGCAGGCAGACCUAGAUACGUUUGAGCAAGAUAACGCGAAGCUAAAGGCGUUGGCUGCGGGUUCGGAGAGACAAGCUGCUGGCGCACAGCUCGUCGAUUCAGAGAAUGUGCCCAUGGAGGGCAAUGUGGAGACAUCACACCUUCUGGAGCAGAUCGAGGCUCUUCGUGGCACUGUCCGUUUCUUGCGCACAGAAAACUCGUAUCUCAAAGGGCAAGACCUGCUAAAGGAAAUACAAGCACUACCGACCCUUCCAGAACCUGUCAGCCGCGUGCAUACACCUCCACUGGACCCAUCAGGUCAAUCCGACACAGACGAAUCAGAUUCCGAGACCCCGCCCGCGCCUCCUACCAUUCGCUCGCUCGCCACAGAAACCAAGGUGCUCUACCGGGACGUCAUCAAAUUCUCUUCAUCACCUCGUGUUGUCGAUCUUUCUGCGCUUCAUGCAAAGAGAGCAGAAAGCGAUUGCAAAGGUGGGAAGAUAUGGAUGCGGAGGAAGGCUAGUCCUGCUCAACAGGUUCUUGAGCGGAAGAUUGAGGCCGAAAGACUUAGCAGGCGCGUUAGGGGCCUGCUAGAUCGUGCCAGUGCGCUAUGAGAGGUUUCACUGAUACUUCGCUUCAUUUUUUAUGUUACUCUACAGCUUGAUAUUAGGUUGUAUACCCUGCAUGACUCUGUUAUUAACUUAUGCACUAUGGGGAGGAGAUAAAGUAGAUUUCAUCAUGUGGUACCAAGGACAUGGCUGGCGGACAGAUAAAUAUCAGUAUCGCAUAUGCAAAUACCCAUAAAUCAUUUACAUUACCUUGCUGCAC